ACAGGAAAUAUAACAAAAUAAGAGCACUGACAGGAAGUAAAUACAAAAACAUGGAAACAAACCGAAAUGAAGUGACAGAUCGUCACAGCUAUAUAAGUAAACUUUGAUUGAUUGAUUGAUUGAAUGAGAACAUCCAUAGACAAGUGAUUGUUACAUGAGAACAGAAGUGUAGAUAGAACAUGUUCAAACAGGAAGUAAGCAGAUAUUAACAGUAAAUGAACAAGUGGAUUAAUAAUCCAUCAUAAUGUUGACCAAAUAAUAGAAUGGAAAACGACACAAUAUGUUACUGCAUUUGGCCCUGCGAUGAGGUGGCGACUUGUCCGGGGUGUACCCCGCCUUCCGCCCGAAUGCAGCUGAGAUAGGCUCCAGCACCCCCCCGCGACACCAAAAGGGACAAGCGGUAGAAAAUGGAUGUUACUGCAUACGUCAGCAGACUAAUUAGGAGCCUUUGUUUGCUUUCCAACACUGACUUCUUCAAACCCACGAGCAUCAUCAGGUGGGAGAGCGAGUAGGCGUGGUCAGCCGGAUGGGAGGAGUAGGGGGCGGAGCUUAGAGGCGAGGAAGACUUCAUGCAGGCGACACCAGAUGAGCUGAUGGCAAGUAAGAGACUCUUCUAGCAGCGUGACGCCCUGUGAGAAAAGCACCUGAUGCUUCAGCAUAAUCUGGUCACCCGGGACUCCUCUCACGCACGCACACACACAUACACGCACGCACGCACGCACACACACACACACACGCACACGCACAUUGUCAGUAUGGCAUCUGACCAGCCUGCCCUGAGCGAGCAGGAGGAGCUACAGAGGCGAGCCAAUCAGGUGACAGAUGAAUCGCUGGAGAGCACGCGCAGGAUGAUUCAACUGGUGGAAGAGAGCAAAGAUGCCGGCAUUCGAGCGUUGGUCAUGUUGGAUGAACAAGGAGAGCAGCUGGAGCGCAUCGAAGAAGGCUUGGAUCAGAUCAACUCGGACAUGAAGGAAGCGGAGAAGAACCUGACCGACCUGGGCAAGUGCUGCGGCCUGUGUGCCUGUGACAAGCUCAAGGCCUUUGAAAAAAGCGGCGCCUACAAGGCGGUUUGGGGCGGGGCGUCCGGACAAGACGGCGUGGUGUGCAAUCAGCCGCCGUCGUCUCGGGUGGUGGACGAGCGGGAGCAAAUGAUCAUGAGCGGCGGACACAUUCGAAGGGUGACCAACGACGCCCGCGAGGACGAGAUGGAGGACAACCUGGCUCACGCAGGCAGCAUCAUCAGGAACCUGAAGAGCAUGGCGCUGGACAUGGGCAGCGAGAUCAACACGCAGAACGACCAGACGAUGCGCAUUGACGGGAAGAUCCUUCUAAACAAGUCUCGCAUCGACGCCGCCAACCAGAAAGCGAACACCCUCAUGAAGCGCUGAGACGCCGCACCAGGACGUCGCUCAAAAGUGGAAGCCCGCCAUUGGUCCAGCUGGCAGGGAGCGGCGUGAUUUGACACGAACAAUAACACCCACUGAGCUUACAACAAAACAAAACAAUGACCUGUUAAAAUUGUGGCCGUUUUCUUUACAUAUUCUAUAGGAGAUGAUAUCGAGUAAGUGAUCCACCUACAUUUUCAACAUCCAGACGCCCCAAACCGCAAUGAUCCAUAACCAAAAAAGGCGUUUGCCCCUGUCGGCCACCGUAGCUGUUGCAAACAAACAUUGGGAGAGGGAGAAACGAAACACGGCAGUGCCCUCUGCUGGUGUACGACGGUAUCACGCACAAGACAGACGUCCUGUGUUCACCUUGAGAGUGAACUCUGGCACAACACAAUGAUAGCAAUGGUACAAAAAAAGAGUAAACAAUGUGUUGUGCGCUUCUCGGAUAAUCCUAAUGAGAGUCCAAAAUAUUAAUUACCAAAUUAAAAACACAGGCAGGUUGCUAAAAGUAUCACAUAUGAGUUGCACUUGUAAGAAUACUUUACAUUAUACUUUUGAUUUGGGAUAUAAGUGUUGUGAACGCAAAAUCUCAAAAUAUAACUUAAUAAAAUAAAUCAAAAACACAACAAUAAGAGGACAAUUGUUAAAAAUGGAACCAUGACAAUAACUGUAUGGUUAAAGAAUGGCAAACACUACGGUAUAAAUCAGGGGUGUCAAACUAGUUUUAGAUCGGGGGCCACAUGGAGAAAAAUCUACUCCCAAGUGGGCCGAACUGGUGAAAUCACGGCACGA